AGCUUCUAUAUUGGAUUUAAUUGAUUAGAAAGCCUUUCAAACUCAGGUGAUGUCUUCCUUUGAAGAGAUUUCUACUUUAAAAUAACAUUCUGGCUGUGAGCAAAUUCUCAGGAGCAUUAUUUUCUUAUGUGGAGUCUCACCUUGCGUUUUUAUUACCUCUGAUUUAUUUUUUUUAUUUUUUUAGUUUCGUCUUUUUUCUGCAAGAUUUGAACAGGUGUUGAGUGGGGCAUCAUGCCAAACGGGAACAGUAGCUGGUAUUGUGCAGAUGCGGCACCGUGCAUGAGUUGGUGAAACUUUAAAGUGCAACUGAAACAGCUGAUCGGCAAAGUUCUCUGUCAGGUCUGCCAACCUGACCUCCUCCCUCUGCACCGCCUGCAGGAAGAACAGCCUCUCCAGGAUGGUUUGCUUUGGAGCACCGGUACCUGCGGGCGCAUGGAAAGCAGCAGUUUUCCUCCUCAAUAUCAUCUCUGUUGUGGCAAAGAGACACGUGGUUCACUGGAACUCCACAAACACAAGGUUAACAGCAGGAGAUCUUUCUGUCCAGCUAAACCUCAAUGAUUACUUGGACAUCUACUGCCCCUACUAUCCAGACUCUGGGAUUCCAGUUCCGGAGCAGCCAGAGACCCUGGUGCUCUAUCUGGUUGAGGAGGAGGCCUUCAAAGGCUGUGUGGAGACCAAAAAGGCAGUGAAGAGGUGGGAAUGUAACAAUCCGUUUGCUGCAUAUGGACCCGUCCGCUUCUCUGAAAAGAUCCAAAAAUUCACCCCGUUCUCACUGGGCUUUGAAUUUGUGGAAGGAAGACACUACUACUACAGCUCUUUGCCGACAGAUGAAGGCCCUCCUCUGCCAUGUAUGAAGAUGCGUGUCACAGUGUGCUGCGAGACCACAUCAGAGGGUUCAAAACAAAUACAAGAAACGAAACCUCUCAGCAACGUUGUCUCAGUAAGGAUCACUUCUCUUCCCCUCCUCAUCUCCAUCAUCAUGCCGCUGAUCACUUGACUCCUCCAUCCUCUUGGCUGUUCUUCGCGCCGAUGGACCAAUCCCUCAGACAUUUAAAGAAAGAACAAAAACUAAGCUAACAGACAACAAACGGCAAAAUGCAAACUCUACCAGAGUAAGCUAAUUCCAUCAAUCACCAUGUGGUUGCAGAUCCAGUCAGGAGCAUGUUUUCUCCUGUACAGGGGACCACUGUGACUCAGGGAAAUGACGCAGAAGUGCAGCAAAGCAUUUCUUCCUGUUUUCUUGCCCUACCAAUUGCCUGUUCAGCAGCUAGUUGAACAGAAUAUUUCCCAUUAACUUUUCUUAAGUCUGCAUUCCAGUUUGAGAGGAAGAACCAUGCGAAUCAUUAGGACCUUCACUGAAGUGUUUAUAUAUAUAUAUAUAUAUAUAUAUAUAUAUACAUACACAUAUAUAUAUACAUACACAUAUUUUGUCUUAUUUUUCUACCUAUUUUGAUCACUUGCAUUUGAGUGCAGCCUCUAGUUUGAAAAGUGGCCAAAUAAACAUACUACUGUAAUGAGAGGCUGAGGUUGGAAGCUUUCCAUUCCUUCUGUGAUUUUCUAUGAAGACUCGUACUUUAAGCCUAUUACCUUCACAGCAACAUAAAUCAGCUCUACUGAAAUCUCAAACAAAAUGCAUUUUGAAGGGGCAACAGGCAACAUUUGGAGAAGAGCGAGACUGGGCUCCUGCGCCCCCUGCUGGGAUCAAACUGGGUUUUACUGGUUGAACUGGGUUGGACAUAGAAAAAGAAACUAGAUGCCAAGCUUGAGGUUCUGUUUGGUGUUAACUUGAGCCUGGAACUGGUCCUCUUAUUCUUACCAGCCAAAUAAGUUCCUCUGUGUUUCCAGCAUUCUUCCUGCUUUGUAACCAACUGAGGAAAACUGAUUUAUGGGUGAACGGAUUGCCUUCAGAACAAUAAACGGUGUGCACAUAAGCUUUCUAAUUUUUCUGUCUUUACAUGGUAUUUGGUCUGAUGCGUGGGCUGUGGGCAAACGUACAACAGUUAAACCUAAUUACAAAUAUAUUAGGCCUAUAUAAAACAGUUGUUUACCUUAGUAACAAUCAGUCUGUAUAAAUUAAUUGCCAAAAUAACACAACCUUGGCUUGUGUAUCAGCUAGAAAGAAUUUAUUUUCAUACUUAUGUAUUUCUGUAUUAUUUUAUUGGUUGUGAUAAACUGGAGCCUGUCAAAAAAAGUGAUUGGAAUAUUUUUUUUAUCACCGUUAUUAUUCACCAUUGAACAACUUGCAAGAUUAAUUUUAGGGUUUCUAUCUGAUAUUACAUUGAAUUUAUUGAUGAAAUCUAGUAACUAAUAACAUAAUUUCUGAAUUUUCUUGUUUUAAAAACAUGCUUGUUAGCACUUAUUUUUCUACUUUCCUAUGGUGAAAAUCUUUUUUUAAUCCUUGUUAUUGUAAUAUAUAUUUUUUUAUAUUUGCUUUGUUCAACAAUCAAAUUUGGAUGGCAAAAUUUGUGUCUUUAAUUUGUUUUUUUUUCAUCAGACUUAUCUCCCUAAAACAGAUAAUUUCUAAAGAUUUGUUUUUGUGUCCUGUACAGUUUGAGUUUUUCAGUCCUGUAACGGUAAGAUUUCUGGGUUUUUCUUUUUUUAUUUGUUUUUGCUUUCACAUUUUAGUGAAGGAUGUAGCAUCUUCUGUGAAGAGCCAACUGCAAUCUGAGCCCUUUUCUGUGGCAGGAUGACAAAUAAAUACGGUUGCAUUCAAAAA